AUGCCGGUGACGAUGCAGGAGGAUGCUGUUCCCCUCACGGGUGUCGAAGGCGACUAUGUGGCUCCUGCAGCACGAGACACAUACUUCCAGAACGAGCCGAACCUCAUCGCCCCCUUUGAUUUUGAUUACGAUGUGAUUGUUGACUUCACCACGAAAUUGAGAUGGGCACAGUGUUUGUUUGUGCCUCCGUGCUGGGCAUCAUGUUUGUGCUGCUGGCCUUGCUUCCUCCAGCAAAACGUGGAGUGGCAGACCCGUUCUCAGCAUGUGGCAUUGACCAUUGACGGUAUCCGGUAUGUCCAGGAGAAGAGGAAGACGUUCUGCGGAUUGCCCUGUACAGACAAGGGCAGGGAGAGCAAAACUGUCCCGUAUGACAAGAUCACGGACUGCGAUGUCCAGGAACCUGCUGGCACAGCUUGCUGUUGCUGCAUUGAGAACGUGCUAUCCAAAGUCCACAUUGACACAGCCUCUAGCGGCGCCACAAAAGACGGGAUUGCCACGCACGAACUUGAGUUGCACGGCCUGGUGGACGCGCACGCAUUCAAGCACUCGGUGUGGGCCAUGAAGAGGCGGGCAGUGCCGCCUGCCGGUUCCAAUGUUCCCAUGAUUCCGGGGAGCCUUGGACGCAGCUAG